AAAUAGUACACACACCCGCAGUGGAAGAAGAAGAAGAAGAAGAAGGAGAAGAAGAAUAGAGGGACGGGUCAUUUUCAUACACAGAAAAACGCCGCCGUUUGCAAUCAGUAGCCAUGAAGGUGCGAUCAUCGGUGAAGAAGAUGUGUGAGUAUUGCAAGACGGUUAAACGCCGUGGACGUGUUUAUGUGUUUUGCACAGCCAAUCCCAAGCAUAAGCAGAGACAGGGCUUUUCUACAUUUGCUUAUCAAGGCACUGAUGCUCCCAUAUCCACUCCCACUAUUGUCGCCAAGCAGGAGAUCAACUUUGGUCAGAUAUCUCACCUAGGUCUGGCAUCUCUGAUUCUUAGAAAGAAUGAGCCGUCAAUGCCCUCCCCAACCCUCGGAUGGAGAGUAGGGUUGGCAUCCCUGCUGUUCAAAAAGGUCUAUUAGCUUUUGAGCCUCAAACCAAGAAGAAACUCAACUUUGAUCCCAGUCUUUAGACUCUUUCUUCGCCGAGUUAGGCUUAUGUAACUCGAAUUGCUAUCAUUUCUCAUUACAUUAUAGCAUUCAGUCUUGCAACUAUGGAAUAAUUUCGUCUCCAUAACUCUGGACUAGCUAUAGUAGAGACUUGUCGGGACAUUACCUUCCGUAUUUUUCAUAUCAUAUACUGUAAUACAGAUCUCCCAAUACCUGAUAGGGGAUUCUCAAUCAUAGAGAGGCAAUCA